AUGGAGAUUCAGCCUGCCCAGGCUUUUCCGGCCCUUCCCCGGACUUCGGAGGAAAGGUCAGAGUUCACGCUUCUCGGAGGUUACCGGCAAUGCAAUGCGGGCGGGUACCGAGACCAACCUGUGCCUACUGCACUGGCUCAAGUGGACAGAGAAAAGAUCUACCAGUGGAUCAACGAGCUGUCCAGUCCUGAGACAAGGGAAAAUGCUUUACUGGAGCUAAGCAAGAAGCGAGAAUCUGUCCCUGACCUUGCACCCAUGCUGUGGCAUUCAUUUGGUACUAUUGCAGCACUUUUACAGGAAAUAGUAAAUAUCUAUCCAUCUAUCAACCCACCCACCUUGACAGCACAUCAGUCUAACAGAGUUUGCAAUGCUCUGGCAUCACUGCAGUGUGUGGCUUCACACCCAGAAACAAGGUCAGCUUUUCUUGCAGCACACAUCCCACUUUUUUUGUACCCCUUUUUGCACACAGUCAGCAAAACAAGUCCUUUUGAAUAUCUUCAGCUUACUAGCCUUGGUGUUAUUGGGGCCUUGGUGAAAACAGAUAAGCAAGAAGUGAUCAACUUUUUAUUGACAACAGAAAUUAUCCCUUUGUGUUUGCAUAUUAUAGAAUCUGGAAGUGAACUUUCCAAAACAGUUGCCACAUUCAUCCUCCAGAAGAUCCUCUUAGAUGACACGGGUUUGGCCUACAUAUGUCAGACAUAUGAGGGUUUUUCCCAUGUUGCCAUGAUCUUGGGUAAAAUGGUCCUGCAGCUAUCCAAAGAACCCUCUGCUCAUCUGCUGAAGCAUGUAGUAAGAUGUUAUCUUCAGCUCUCAGAUAAUCCCAGGGCGCGUGAAGCACUCAGGCAGUGCCUCCCUGACCAGCUGAAGGAUACAACCUUUGCCCAGGUGCUAAAAGAUGACACCACCACAAAACGCUGGCUUGCACAACUGGUGAAGAACCUGCAAGAGGGCCAAGUCACUGAUACCCGGGGUAUCCCUCUGCCCCCUCAGUGAUCUUCCCUUGUCCCCUCCCACUACUCCCCCAAGUUGGGGACAGGAGGUGGCACCUACAAGGAAAACAGCUCAGGUUUUAUUGCCGACCAGGAAUAGACAACCUCAUUGUUGAAC